GUUGCUGUUGCUGCCUCCUUUCGCUUCGCCUUCACCCGUUCGCCGUGCGGCCGAGCUCUCUGGUUCCGCCGCUCCGCCUACCUCCACACGCUGACUAAUGGCGACCGCCAUGCGGGGCGGCAGCCUCCUGCGGUUUGGUUUCCGCCACGUUUCUUCCAUCCUUUUCCAGCCCCCUCCAUGCCCUGCCCCGAGCCUGGGCCUGAACCUGGCCGUUGGCCGGACCGGGCUGGUACGCCUCCAGUGCUCGGCGGCCGGGGCCGGCGACGACGGGGGCAAGAAGGUGUCGGCUAGGCUGGCUCUGACGCAGCAGGUGCUGCGGGACGCCGAGGAGCGCGCCGCGUCGGCGGGCUCCGACCCUGCCCCCAAGAUCACCCUGGAUCAUGUUACUGUUAAUUUUGCAAGAAGUGGUGGUCCUGGUGGUCAGAAUGUUAAUAAAGUUAACACAAAGGUUGACAUGCGAUUCAAUGUUAAGGAAGCUCACUGGCUUGGGGAGAGAAUCAAGGAACGAAUAUUGCAAGCGGAGAAGAAUAGGAUAAAUAAAGAUGGAGAGCUUGUUAUAUCUUCUACAAAAACUAGAACACAGAAGGGCAACAUUGAAGAUGCAUUGCAGAAAAUACAGGCAAUCAUUGAUGCUGCAUCAUAUGUUCCUCCACCCCCAACAGAAGACCAAAAGAAAAAGAUUGAAAAAAUUGCUGCUGCCGCUGAAAGGAAGAGACUUCAGAAUAAGAAGGUGGUUUCACAGAAGAAGGAAUUUAGACGUAACAGAACUAGCUGGGAUUGAUGCAAGUUAAUUUGAACGCUUUGUUGAUUGAGAUGCGCCUGAGUCUUUGACAAGUGCCAUUUGCUCAGCUUGUUCUUGGGCUAGCAAAAGCAUUCGGCUGAUCCUUUACUGCAGUGGUGUACACAGACCGACGAUAAACAAGGAUCGGACUUGCUGAAGGCACCGUAGUUCAUACGCAUCCAGUUUUUGUCUCGUCCAUUGGGGACCGCCCUCUGACGGGAAACACUGCUUUGGUCCUAACACACGCUAUAUACAUCAGUUUUCUUAAUGAAUUUUAAUUCCAUGCUGCUGCUAUAGUUAAGUAUUCAUGUGUAAUGAGGGUUCAUCUGUAAAACCGUAAACAAAUUAUUAAUGUUGGGGUCAGCGACGCCCGUUGAAGAGCGUCAUUGUGUGACUA